AAUGACAUCCAGUCUGAGAAGUGGUCCAUCAGCAAACACACUCAGCUCAGCCCAACAGAUGCUUUUGGGACCAUUGAGUUCCAAGGAGGUGGCCAUUCCAACAAAGCCAUGUAUGUCCGAGUAUCUUUUGAUACGAAACCUGAUCUCUUGCUACACCUGAUGACCAAGGAAUGGCAGCUGGAGCUUCCCAAGCUUCUCAUCUCUGUGCAUGGAGGGCUGCAGAACUUUGAACUCCAGCCCAAACUCAAGCAAGUCUUCGGGAAAGGGCUCAUCAAAGCAGCCAUGACAACUGGAGCGUGGAUCUUCACUGGAGGGGUCAACACAGGCGUCAUUCGUCAUGUUGGAGAUGCCUUGAAGGACCAUGCAUCUAAGUCUCGAGGGAAGAUAUGUACCAUAGGUAUCGCCCCCUGGGGAAUUGUGGAAAACCAGGAGGACCUGAUUGGAAGAGAUGUAGUCCGGCCAUACCAGACCAUGUCCAACCCCAUGAGCAAGCUCACCGUUCUCAAUAGCAUGCAUUCCCACUUCAUCCUGGCUGACAAUGGGACCACGGGAAAAUAUGGAGCAGAGGUGAAACUUCGCAGACAACUGGAAAAGCACAUUUCGCUCCAGAAGAUAAACACAAGAAUCGGCCAAGGGGUUCCUGUGGUGGCACUCAUAGUGGAAGGAGGACCCAACGUGAUCUCGAUUGUUUUGGAGUACCUCCGAGACACCCCUCCUGUACCAGUCGUGGUCUGUGAUGGGAGUGGACGGGCAUCCGACAUCCUGGCAUUUGGGCAUAAAUAUUCAGAAGAAGGCGGACUUAUCAAUGAAUCUCUAAGGGACCAGCUAUUGGUGACAAUACAGAAGACCUUCACGUACACUCGCACCCAAGCUCAGCACCUGUUCAUCAUCCUCAUGGAAUGCAUGAAGAAGAAGGAACUGAUCACAGUAUUUCGAAUGGGAUCAGAAGGCCACCAAGACAUUGAUUUAGCUAUCCUGACAGCAUUACUCAAAGGAGCCAACGCAUCUGCCCCAGACCAACUGAGCUUAGCUUUAGCCUGGAACAGAGUUGACAUCGCUCGCAGCCAGAUCUUUAUUUACGGGCAACAGUGGCCGGUAGGGUCCCUGGAGCAAGCCAUGCUGGAUGCCCUAGUCCUGGACAGAGUGGAUUUUGUGAAAUUACUCAUAGAGAACGGAGUAAGCAUGCACCGUUUCCUCACCAUCUCCAGACUAGAGGAACUGUACAACACGGUAGGGCCAAGCUAAGAUGCCUUUCAGCCUCUGGUUUUCUUCUCUUUGUUUACCUUCUCCUGCCUUGCCCCCACCCCAUGCCUGUGACUCUGUUCCUGUCUCUCCUGUAAUGCAUGGAUCCUUCCUCACAUGCACUCCCUUACACCUGGAGAGCCAACAGACACCAAG